AGUGAUCGAUCAGCACACAGCGCUGAUUGUCGACACGCCGGACGAAGCGCGGCUCGAUGUGCGUUUUGUGGUUACUGGUCCGAAGAGGCUCAGCAAACCGUCUCUCACCAUGUCUCCAAACACAAACAUGAAGGACACGUGGAGACGUACGCGAUCGUGCAUCGCGUGCUUGUAGAUAAACCGCCGGCUGCAGAUAGAAACCGCUGUCAUUUGUCGCCGAGAGCAGUCGGGAUGAAGAGCAGGUCGACCAGCCCGCGGGUGAAGUUGCCCGCCUUCGUGUUCGUCACGCAGGUGAUCGUCGUCGCCUUGUACGCCGCCUUCGUGACGUACGACGAGCACGCGGACGCCAGGUUUCAGACCAACGGGACCAACCCCAUGGACAACGCGUUCUACAGGGACUACCCGGCUUUCGCCCACGUGCAGGUCAUGAUCUUCCUCGGCUUCGGGUGCCUGCUGGCUUUCUUCCGUCUCUACGGCUUCGGGGGGAUGGUGUUCAACUUCCUCACGGCCGUCUUCGCCAUCCAGUGGGCCGUGCUGGUGCAGGGCUACUUCCAGUUCAGCCGCGGGGGUAAGAUCCACCUCGGGGUGAUCAACCUGUUGAACGCGGAGUUCGCCUGCGCCGCCGUGCUGAUAUCGUUCGGCGCCGUGCUGGGCCGGACGAGCCCCCUGCAGCUGCUGGUCAUGGCUCUGCUGGAGGUGCCGGUGUUCGCGUGCACCGAGUGGGCCGUGCUCGAGUACCUGAAGAUCAACGACGCGGGCGGCUCCGUCCUCAUCCACCUGUUUGCCUGUUACUUCGGCUUGGGCGUGUCCUUCAUGCUGCACAGGCCCGGCCUGGACGACGGCCACGCCAAGCAGAACUCCAGCUACCAGUCGGACAUCCUGUCGGUGAUGGGGACCUUGUUCCUCUGGGUGUUCUGGCCCUCCUUCAACUCGGCGUUGACCGUGAGGGGGGACGACCAGCACCGGGCCGUCCUGCACACCUUCCUCGGCCUCAGCGCCUCCACGCUCACGGCCUUCGCCCUCUCCGCCGCGCUGAGCAAAAACGGUAAGCUCACCAUGGCCGACGUUCAGAACGUGACCCUGGCCGGGGGGGUGGUGGUCGGGGCGUCCGUGGACAUGAUGAUCUCGCCUGCGGCCGCGUACGCCCUGGGCGCGACGGGCUGCGCCGCGUGCAUGCUGGGCUACAGGUACCUGACCCCCUUCCUGGCGCGCCGCUUCCGGAUCCAAGAUCAGUGCGGAAUCCAUAACCUGCACGGCCUGACGGGACUCAUAUCCUGCGCCGCGGGGAUCUGCGCCAUACUGGUGGCCGACGAGGAGACGUAUGGCCCCAGUUUGUACGAGACCUUCGCCCACAGAGCGCCGGCGGAAGGCGACCCGAAGCUGCAAGAGCUCCGGGUUUUGAUCCCCGGUUUGAGGGCGGGGCUGGGGAGGACGGCCCGGGAGCAGGCUCUCUUCCAGGUGGCGGCCGUGUUCGCCACCAUUGGCGUGUCGGCACUGGGAGGCGUCCUCACGGGCCUCGUCGUGAAGAUGCCUUUCCUCGAUCCACCGCCCGAUAGGAUGUGUUUUGAUGACGGGCUUUUUUUUGAGGUUCCGCCAGAUUAUGACUCACCGCUUAAACUGAUUAAUGACACAACACAGGAUUCCGCUGCCUGACGUGCAGCAGACGAUGAGUGCAGCGCCACUCUUUGUCUAAUGCAACCAGCAAUGUGGAUAUUUGUUGUUCAUGCAAACAUGAAAAGGAAUUGAGUGAUUUGUAUCCCUCUAGGCCGGUGCGUUUUCUAUUGUAAAAUAAACACUUUUGAAACCCUG